UUGAAAAACCUUACGGGGAAUACCCGACAAUAAAGUAUUUCCGUUGUUUACAAUUACCCCUACCUAUGUCUCGUUUCCAUAUUUUUGCGCUGUGAUGACUUUUUAAAUUCAUAACGCGGAUUUUGUAUUUUGUUCUGAGUAGUUCACGAAAUCAGGUGUGAUGGUGCGACAAGACGAGGCCAAAAUGGGCCAGGGAGGCCUCUGUGGGGUAUCUACCCCAGGAAUUGAAUCCUUGCCUCACAUACCCUCUGCCGGAGUUCCAGCAUCAAAUGGCAUAGCCUCAGAAGUUCAGGCGUCACUGUCAAUGUUGAUGUCCUCUGAGGGCUGUGUGUCUCAAGAGGAUUUGAUUGCAAAACUCCGCACUCUUAUCAAUGAAAACUUGGAAUUGAAAGAGACCAUAGCCCAGAACAACCUAGCCCUUCGUCAGCAAUUGGCUCUUGUUGUGAAAUGGAGCCAGCAGAAUGAAUUACACCAGCAGCAGCAUCGUCAGCAAAUUAAUGAAGUGACGCAACAGCUAUCCAGACUCCAACAAGAAAAUGUUACUCUCAAGGCUUCACUUGUGGGAGCUAAGGCUCCAGAAGGCAGUGAGUCAAGGUUUAGAGAGGUAGAUGAGACCAUUAAAUUGUUGAAUACUCGUUUAGAGGUAUCAGAAAGGAAUUUGAGGCAAGUCCAAGAUGAAAGAGAGAAACUUGCAGCACAGAGGUCACGACUUGAAGGCGAUAUUACGCUUCUGAAGUGUGACUUGACCACCACUCGUAGUGAACUAGAACGUCUGCAGCUCGAAAGAUUUGAGCUGCUAAGCACAGCUAAUGAGCUACGACAGCAGCUACGACAGGUCAGAGAGGGAGCAGCAGCUAAAGCUCGUUCACUCGAAGCAAGUCCUGUCUAUGAGGGUAUGGGUGGAGUUCUUGGAGAAGAGGCUUUCCAGAAGAUGAAAGAUCAAUUGAAACGUGAGCAGGACACAACAGCAACUCUGUUGCAGGAGCUUCAUGACACGCGUAAUCAGGCAGAAGGUCUGGAGUCAGAAGUGCAAAGAGCACAAGAAGAAGCAGCACUCCUUCGGGAACGGUGUCGCAACUUACAAGGAAAGGUUGAUAACUCUUUUAUUCAAGCUGCAUCUCCAACUACUCCUACAGGCUUAUCAAAGCAGGAUCCAAUAGAUGCCUUGGAAAAGAAGCGUCUCAAAGAAGAGGCAGCCAUGCUAAGGGAAGAGGUUGACACUCUUGAGGCAGCUCUCACCAGCGAGAGGCAGAAGAAUUCUGAUGACAGACUGGCACUCACAAGGACCCAUGCAGAAAUUAACCGUCUGAAAAAGGAGCUUCAAGAUAUGAGGGACAAAAGUGACAGAGACUCCCAAAAUGACCACUACUAUGAAGUAAAGAUCAAAUCCAUCAGUGAGAAGUACGAUGAAGCAACAGCUAAACUCAUGUCAUACGAGGAACUGCUGGCAGCCAAAAAUGAAGAACUUUCCAGGAUCAAAAAGGAACUUGGUCAGACAAAGGCAACUUUAGCAGAAAGGGCCAGUGAGGGGGAAACUAUAGCCAUCCUCAGGGCUCAGGUUGAGGUGUACCAAGGAGAUUUCAGGGCUGAGCGUGAAGCCCGAGAGGCUCUGGCUACUGACAGAGAGAAGCUGCGUGAUGAACUGCGUCACUUACAGACCCGAAAUACUCAGCUAGUAGAUGAAUUGGAAGCUUACCAGAGAAGGCAUUUGCAUCAAGGUCAUGGGCGAGAUUCUCGUGCCACAUCUGAGGAACCUAGUGGAGGAGCUGUAGCCACAGCUGGUAGUGUUGGAAUGCCUACACUUUCUCCAGAAAACCUUUGGGAGAAACUCUCCAAUACUUCAGAUAAGAAGUACUGCAUGGAAUGUGCAGUGUUAGGCAAGAACAGAACCAUAAGGAAAUUAAGAAUGUCAGUUUUUCUCUGGAGUUUAAGCCUUUAUAGGAGUUUCAACAGUGUACUCUACAUCACAGAAUCAACGCUGCUUGUGUGCUAAUGAGGUUGUAUAGGGGACAUAUUUUUUUAAUAAAAAAAUGCAUUGUUUGAGAAUAUCAUUAACAGAUCAUGUAAGCAGAGCCAAUUCUUUUAAUAUUUAAGUUCAGCAUUGAGUUAAUGUUGCUUGUCUUACAGGAGGAAGAAAAGAAAGACGACGAACUGGAUGAAAACCUCUUUUACUGCCCCAAAUGUAACAAAUCUUUCACUCAGUACCGUCCUCUUGAAGAGCAUGUCAAUCGUUGUAUUGAUGAGGAUUAAAUUUUCGAAUUUGGGGUGUAAAGCAAGAUUAUGAGCAACUAAAUGUUUUCCUUUCUUAAUGGCAGCUGUUCUUUAAAGAAUUGUAGAUGUAGAAUAUUUUUCUCUAAUAACAAUAAUGAAGUUUUGUUAUGGAUUUUAAAUUAAAGAAGUUUAAUGAAUUUUAUCAGUAUUUAAAGUGUUAUAAGUUACUACUUCUGUGCCAUAGAUUGACUGAUUUCCACUUUAUAUAUUCAUAUAAUUCAGCUUGAUUUCAGGAUAGAUGUCCUCUUUUUCUACAAACAAGUCUUAUGAAGGCAACUGUUUACACUUAAAUUUUCACAUUUCAUUGUUAGUUUCAUCCUACAUGAAGUCAGCCUGAUUCAACAUAUCUCACUUCAUAUUGUACUUUCAAAUUAACAUAUAAGUACUAAGUCCAGCUUUUUGUCUAAAAUGAAGUUAAUAUAUUGCUCAUAGUAUUCUUAUGGAACUUUGUGUAUUCUAUUGGUGCAACUUUUCUUACUGAAUUGCUGAAAUCACUAGUCUCCUAUUUUCUCCAGUAUUUAGGCUUCCCAAUUAGUAGUUUUUACUAUCAAGACGGAAGAUGUCAAAAAUAUUUCUUUCCAAGAAUAACACCACCACCCUCAAGGUAAUAUUUCCACCAUAAGAUAUUGGUAAUGGUUACAUCUGCAAUUUGAUAUUGUUGGUCAGUAUUAAUUGUAAUGUGGUUCAGUGGUCAUUAACAAAAUGUUAGUAAAUUACAAUAUUUGAAAAUGCUAUUAAUGUGUGAUGAUUGCAACUUUACCAAGCUAUUUUGAAACAUACUUGAAUUUGUUUUUAAAUGUCUGAAUUCUGAUGGGUUAUGUUUUUAAUUCAUAUCAAUAACAAGUCUCUCCCUUUUACAUUUUGUUUUCCAGCAGACAUUUUGUUACUAAAUAUGUGCCAUAGUAGAUCUAAUCUCUAGAAAAAUUAUUUGUCCGAUUCAUUGUUAAUUUUUGAAUUGUUAAAAGUUUUUUCUUUUAUUAUAUAUUAUAUACAAGAGUGAUGCUUAGAACCUGAUAUUGGUAGGGAUAAAAGUACUGGAUAAACAAUCUGUAGAUUUUGGUGUAGUACAUUUAUUGUAAGAGCUCCACAUAUAUUGCAUUAAUUUCUUUAUUCUCUGAUAUAGUGCCUUCUUUUUUAGCUUUUGAUGUUCAGAAUUAUUGCUCUUGGUGAAUGAUACCUGUAUACUGUAGGAGGUUGUGUAGCUUUCUAGUCAAAGGCAGCAUAAGAAAUUACAGUAGAAUUUCAUUAGAAAUGUUUAUUUGAGCCUACCAACUCUUGUAUAUUUGUAAAAUAAAACAAAUAAAACUUUAAA